UGGCAUGUGUGCUAUCAGGCACUGUAAAUUUGCCCAUUGACACACAGGGGGAAAACUGAGACGGAGAAGGAAUUCUAAACUGUAAAUUUGGGAUAAAUGAAAGAUCUACAAAGGCAGUGGUCAUGUACAGUUACACGGUAAUUUGUGACAUUGUAACUGCUGUUUUCCAAGAUGACCUUAAAGCUUUAUUACCUUCAUUCAGUGGGUUGAGAAGUUUGAAUCAGGAAUGAAAUGACUAGGUCAUGACCACACAUUUCAAAUGCACAAGGAUUGUUACAUCUUUAUGCAUAAUUUAACGGUGCUUUUGGACUACGGUGCAAUAAAGGUGUUGUUUUUUAUUUAUGUAUUUAUGUUUUGGCUAAAACUUCAGCUUAGUUUGAUAUAUUAUUAGGUUAAUUUGUUACCAGAGAAAAAUACUUUGAAUGAUAUUUUCAGGAAAAGAUGGACCUUAAAGAAUACUGUUAUUGCAGGAAUUCCUGGAAGAUGGAAUAUCUUCUGCCUGUAUGCGUAUAUCUGUGGGCUUUAGAAUCCAUGGCAACGGAUGCUGUCAUUCUUGUUACCAUGUACACGUAGUCAUAGCAACCAACAAUCUCCAACCAGGCAUCCAGCAUAAUGUGGAUUCUAAUACAUGUACACUGAUCAGCAUUGCUGACGAUGAGAAGUACUGGUGCAGCAGUAGAUAUUCUCUGAGUAGUGAAGUGAGCCCUCUGUUGAUGUUGGAAUUCUCAUUGAAGCAUGCAAGCUUGUCCUCCCCCCCCCCGAGAGUCUGUGUGCAUGCUACGAGAUGACACCUAUGCAUGGCAUAAUGACUCUUGGCAUUGGAGCCGUGUCCUGCAGCAUUGUCCUGUUAGCAUACGACCAUCUGAUGACCUGCUUAAUCGGGGAGACGAGCUGGACCAGUUGAGUGAGUCACCGAGGCUUGGACCUUAACUAAACGUCAUCAUCAUCAUUACCUCAUCACCUUCAUCACCAUGGAGAUAGAUGGAUGCUGCUUAUUGUAGGAGUAGAGGGAGAGACUUGUGUUAAACAAUAACUUGAGGUUCUGUUCUGUGGUCAUUGUCCUGUGGCCAACCUACUCCUACCCUUGGGAUUGCAUAUAAAUUGUUGUGGUUGACAAUAGUAAUGAGAUUAGCUAGCUGCACAAGGAGUGUUGUGGUCCAUUGCUGUCAGAGAACGUGUUACAAUCGGCUUUUUGGAGUCGAGCCAACUGACGUUUAGUGCUUGGAUUACACACGGCCAGUAAUGAGACUGGCGUCAGAAUUUUAUUGAACACAGAGUAUGUAGUGGCAAUUACAUUGCCAAUCAGUGGAAGAGGAUAUUGAUAUAAUUUUACUUGGAUGAUUACAUGAUCGUGCAAAGUAGAUCGAUGUAGUGUCCAGAUGGCGCAAAUCUGUCCAGGGCAGGGCGUGCUGGACAUGGAUGUACCGGUCUUGGUACGGAUGGCCACUUUGCCCAAAAGUACACAGCGCAGGAAGAUACCAGGCCGGCCAGUUCGGACGCUCACCCGCUCAGACCCAUGCAUUGAAACUUCUGGCUGGAGCCCAGAGACAACUCGAGCCCCAGUGCUCACGGAGCGGACCAACAAUCAGGAUCUUGUAGGCAGCACGGACGUUGGUAUGAGACACCCAAGCCCUCGGGGGUGUGCUGGUGUUGGACCCCCCACGGCCAGCACCGAAGGGCAGAUACUAGCUGUACAGCAACACUUACUGUGGCUUGAGGAGAAACUCCACGAGCUGCAGAAAUUGUCAGGAAACACGAACGGAACUGGGAAUAAGAACGAAGGGCGAAGCGGGCAGGAUCAGGUCUCCUCUAACUACUACUGCAUCACUCAGGGGGUGGACUCUAACCCGGGGACCUCCAAGAGCAACUCUCCAGAAAACGGCGAGACUAUGAUGGGAAUAAUGAACGGGAAGGAGAAUGGAAUACAUUCCAACAACAACGGGCAAAAGAGGAAAGUGUCACAUGGGAUGUGCACGCCAAGAGGCAUCCCACCGAUGGUUAGGAUUGAUUCCUUGGAUGCACCCAACACCGUCUCCACUGUAUUAGUGGGUGAUCGAUACCAGCCCUAUGGGGCUAAUAUUUAUAACAAUGUGUUCCGAAACAGGGCAGAUUCAUCUAGUUUGGGGACGGUGUCAUCGUUGUCUCGGUCCCCUUCCCCAAGGGUGCGUCUCAGGGGUUUAGAUCACAUGGAUGCAGCCAGCACCAUUUCGGCUUCUACCUCUUCCAAUCCCUCCCCUACCUCCCAAGAUGAACACAUAGCUGUACGGCCAGUCGGGUUUGGCCAGGCCAUCUCUAUCUUUGGCCCAGGAGGAGGGAACCUGGUGGGGGAAGACAUCUGGGAAUUCGAUGGUUGUGACGAGAAUGCUCACUCCACCACAACUCCGACACCAUCUGGUGUGGAAUCUCUGAGUUCUGCUGCCACCCCUAACCAGCCGGCUGUAACCCCCAACUCUCCUUUCCACAGUCAGCCAGGAACAGGUAUGGACAGUCUAAAUGUAGACAGUUGGAGUUUAGAUAUCAGUAGUGGAGUACCACCAAGCCCUGCUCUCUCCAACAUGACCGAUGGUGGUUACCAAGUGGGUGAUGGGGUACCAAUGACUGACAUCCAGGAGCAUCCACUGAAGAGACUGAAUUCUCAAUCGCAAGCAACUGGUACACCAUCACCAAGAUCUCUUAAACCCACAUUCUCCUUCACAUCGUCCAUCAUCUCCAAGGCAAAGGCACGAUUCACAGGCCGGGCAGUGAAGAAAGAUCAGUGUCUGGUGCAAGAGGUUGGUAACCGCAAAACAACUUCGUCGGGACUGAACAGUCUCUCUUCAAAUACUCAAGAUCAUGACCUGGAAGACUUGGACAUGCAGACUGUGCGAUACAAGCCGGAAGGCAUCGAUAAGCUGUGCAGAACGACAAAAUUCACCAAGAAAGAAUUACAGUUGAUGUAUAGAGGCUUCAAGCAGGAGUGUCCAUCAGGACUGGUCAACGAAGAAACGUUCAAAGAAAUUUACUCCCAGUUUUUUCCCCAAGGAGAUUCCAGUCAUUACGCCCACUUUGUCUUCAAUUCAUUUGAUACAGAUCACAAUGGCUCCAUUACAUUUGAGGAGUUUGUGACAGGCUUGUCGGUACUCUCCAGAGGAACACUAGAAGACAAACUCAACUGGGCAUUCAAACUAUACGACAUCAACGGGGAUGGGGGCAUCACAAGAGAAGAGAUGCUGAGUAUAAUACAGUCAAUCUACGACAUGAUGGGCAAGUACUCGGAACCUACGUCAGAAGACAUCACUCCGGGCGAGCACGUUGAAAGAGUCUUCCAGAAAAUGGACCUUAACAAAGAUGGUGUGGUAUCGUUGCAAGAGUUUUUAGAGUCAUGCAGUAAUGAUGAAACCAUCACGAAGUCCAUGCACGUCUUUGAUACCAUAUUAUGAACCUGGAACAAUUGCCGCAAGGAGAUUUUUUUUUAUAACGAACAGUGUGACAAUGGACACUACGUAUCUGCAGGGAAAUUCUAUGUGCUAUGUCUAUGCCAUCCAUUGUUUUUUGAUUGCUGUGUUUUCAGACGGAUCAGUUUUGCGAGAAGGCUUCAGUAGAUUAAACCUGGAUGUCUGUUCACACUAAGGUGGCAGUCGGUUCGAAUGGGGGAUUACUGUCUUUCACAGCUACAGAAUAGGACAAUUUUUGAGCCAGUGGAGUUCAUUGGAUCUGCAGUUAUGUUCAGUUUCCAUGGCAAUGCUUGUUGCUGUGUUCAAAGUGGAUGGAUUACCAGUCCUCAGAUUUGCCCCCUCAGCUUGCAUUUUCACAGCCUUGCAGGUGGAAUCAAGUGCCUGUAACCUUUGUAGCUGAGGUCACUUUGGGGCUGGAUUUCAGGAACCUGUAAACGUUCUCUUUUGAAUUUAGCAGUGCUGAUGCGCUUACCAGCCCAGCAAUCCUCACUGCAUGCAUUGUAUACCUUCACAUCUGUCUUGCAUCAACAUGGAUGUGUUCACACUAAACAGAGGCUGCUGAUACAGUAUCAACAGGAUUACAGAUUAUCUUCACAAAAAUAUUCUAAAUUCAGAUGUAUAAAAAUCAAUCAAUAUUCACCAAUGCUCAGGAAAUAACACUGGUGUAUUUAUUGUAAUUUCAUGUUGUGGUAAUUAUAGAGCAACCUAAUAUGUUUUUGGUUUUUCCUGUCCUGCAAUAGAGGUUAUGUGUUAACACGUCCUCAGAGGGCAAGAGUUUUGUAUCACAAGGAUAGGCUCAAGUAAAGCUUUGGUGCAUUCAUUGGAAAUAACUUAAAUUAAUAAAAACAGCCUCACAGAUGCCAGAACACAUAACCUGUAUUGCUUAAGUCCCCUCGCACAUGUAUAUGAGCUCAUUCAGCUAGCAAGAAAGAGAAAAUACAAAAUUGGAUACAAAUGUACUCCCUGGAGUUUCAAGAAACAGAGCAAUAGCAAAUGCAGACAGAAAUUGUAAAGUUUGCAAGAGUUUUCUCUUUAGAAAGUUACCAUGGCAGCUAAAUAUGAAAACUAUUGCUCGAUGUGCUUGGUUAUUUAAAAAUAACCUGCACAGGGGUGGGGGGUAUCUUUACAAAACUAUCCUUGGAGAUGUUUGUAACAUUAUCACGUGCCUUGCAGAUCUAGAGGGAAGCCAAAGUUUUUACACAUUGAAACGUCUGGCCCUUUUCCGUGUUAUCUAGGCUGAAUUUGGGAUGAGUAGGAAUGAAUCAUUUGGAUCACAGACAAGACAGAAUGGGGGUGGUGUUGUUUAAGCAGUUUCGUUUUCAAUCCCAAGCUUUCUGUUCCCUUUCCUGAGCUUAAAUGAUAAAAAGUACCAACUCUUACAUUCAAAUGUGAAACAUACACUUCAAUACUUGUGAUUCCCAUCUGUUGCUGCCAAUUACUCUUCAAAUCAAUUUUCUGCUACUAUCUAUUGUGCCUCAAGCUAUUCAACACAUGUAUAUAAUCGGAUGAAUGAAAUAUCCAAAUAAGGUACUGUACUCACUGGAGAUUUAUUUUAUGUAGAUUCGUCAGUGUUAAAUAACUUUGUCUUUCCAUGUAUUUUGCAAUUGGCCCAUACUCAAUGCAAUAUAAUUGUAGAAACCUAGGCUAGUGUUGGGUAGUUUAAGAUGAACAAAUUCCUGUGGUACAUUGGAAUGAUUUUUUAUUUUGCCAUUUCUGCUGACUGGCUCUAAGGCGCAAUCAUUUGUGGAUUUUACACAUCAACUUUAUAUAUAUAUAUUUUGUAAAUACAUACAGUAUCUUAACCACGCCCUGACCACACCCACACCACAUCCAAAAAGAACUACAGGGUACACUCCCAAUGCUGCCCUGCCUACAUCAUGCUAGAGUGAAUCUUGUCCUAGGUCUUCUAUAGACGAAAUGAUGGGAAUCAAAUGUUGGCCCUUUUUUAAUAGCUGGGAUACAUGGAUGGAAUUUUCCGAUCUCUUGGUUUCAGGUUGGAGCAUAGCUGUACAUUUCCUCCACAGAAUGUGUACAAAGAAUCAUUCAUGAAAAGUGUGUGCAUUGAGUCAUUGAUCAAAGUCAAAGAAUGCACAGGGUUCUUACAGUUCUUCUUGUUUCAAGUUCAGGUUUAUAAGAAAUUGGGUUGGACCCAACCAAACUGGAGGACGAUGUUUUAUGAUUUCGGCUGGAAUGCAGUCUUUUGCUGAUCCGUUAUGUUAAUGUUGGUAUUUGUUGAGGUGUGUGUAAAAAAUUGUUUUAAAAUUUAUUUCUUUGAUGUACAGAUUUUAUUGAUAGUGUUUUUGAAACGUCAGGCACGUUACAAUAUUCAAGGUAGUUUAGUUACUGGGCGAGAACUUAUUUAUAGAUUUUGUAAGUCCAGAAUUACUUGUAAAUGGGAGAAAUACAGGCCAAGAUUAGAUUAGUAGUGUCUCUCAUGGGAUAUAUCAUGUAAGCUUGAAUUUUUUCCCUUCACAUUUGCUUUCAAAGUAUUCAUAUUCACAGUUACAUCAUUUUCAAUUUUUUUAGCCUAAGAAAGGUUUAUUCGAAUUGAACAGUUGCUAAUUCUCAAAUAUCACAAAAUCUGUACAUAACAUUUUUGUCUUGGUUGGUACCUUACUCACCACGGUCUUGUGUAUACACGUCAUCUCACUAUUAUGGCAUGGCUGCCUUGAACUGUCUUGGGAUGGUCAAAGGACAUCAAGUGCACAACAUCAAAGAAGGGAACGUUGCUACGAUGUUGAAGUCCUAGUUUACAUGCUCCAAGUCCUACUAGGCCACAGAGGUAGAAAGUUGUCUGGAAGUAAAACAUUGAUUCACUUGAUGAUACACUAUUCUAGAUGUCAUUUCCAUACCCCGGCCUGUUUUCACUGGUUCCUGUUUCAAGUUGAAAAGGGUUAAUUUCAGUGAAGUUGGAUUUCACAUUGUACAAAGCCUCUUGAAUAUGCCAAGGGAGCCUCAUGUUAUUAUCUGCCACAGUGUGUCAGAUGCAAGGUGUGUGGGUCUGUUUCUCACGAUCUAGAUCCCUAUCAGUGGUCCUUACUGGGGUUUGCACCAUCCAUUAGGCGAGUUUUGGUGUCCAAAACCAACGUUGGAUCACUGAUAAUGAUCCAGAUGGGUGUGAAAUAAAUACAGCCAUUAUGUACAAAUCUCAUUCUGUGAUUUGUGAAUGUACAACAGUAUGGGAACCUUUACCCAACUGACAAACAUGUAAGGACUCGCAUCGAAGCAGAAACACUUAAAUAAGUAGAAUGUGGUAUGGUUUGCUUAGAGUACCGAAGUAUGACUUCAUUUUGAACCAGGAAGUGUUGUGCAAACAAAUGAAGUAUACAUGUAUGUUGGUUCAUGCAUUAGUUCUGGCACUAAUGCCUUUUACACACACAAUUGUACAUGUGAUGUGAGGCAUUCUCUUUGGUACUCUGACAGUGCCGUAGCAGUCCGAAAUAUGGCCUCUUGAAUGUGAUUUUCUGAUUUAUGUCUUCAGUUUGGGUGCAUUUGUUUCUGUUGUGACCUAUAUUUACAAAAAGUUGUAGAAUGGUCUGAAGUAACCUGCCCAUCAUUAUGAAAAAAUCUUUGCAAGUAGACUACAUUUUGGACUUGUAAAAGAAAACAGGAAUGUUUUAACAUUGAUUUGAGGGAGCUUCAUCUUUUGUUAAUUUCAGUUAAUUUGUGCAAUGUUCAGUUUUGGUCUCAAAGUAGCUCAGAAAUUCCUGUUUUUUUCUCCUCACAGCUUGUCCCCCUUUUUACUGGUGGAAAUUACCGGUAUGUCAAAUCUUACUGCAGUUGCUUUCUUGAAAUUUCCCUAAAUCAUAAAGUGGUAAACAUGGCUGCCAUGUGCAUAUUUAAACAAGUUGAUGUACAUACUAUAUUUUUUAUUGACUACAUAAAUUGUAUAUUAUUAUGGCAUUUAAUCAUAAUUUGCACAAAGGACUUGUUAGUUGUAUAUGUUAUGUGUACAUUGGGGGUGUUCCACGAUUGUAAUUGUUGAGGUUUGUUUUAUAGUGUCACCUUCACCUGAGAUGUUAAUUUUUACAUUUGUUUUUUGCACGUGUUGAUUUAACUUGGUUCCCUAGCCAUUUCAAUAUCCAGCAUUCUUGCUGAGGCCAAGAUGUUUUGUAUUCAGUCACGGCAGAUGCCAAAAAAGUGUGGCAUUGUAAAUGCCGAAAACGAGCAUAAUUUAUGAUUACCAUCUUGGCCCUUUAGCUUUAGGCACACUUUUAAAUUAAGUUUGGUUAUUAAAGUAGGGCUUGACUGCACCAAGCAUAUACCUUCUGCCCUGGCUAUCCAUUUGAGCAGGUGGCUACAAAUCUCGUAUGAAAAGCAAACAUUGUUAGUAUCAUCAUUGCAGAACAGGUUAACUCUUGGAACAUCAGGCAAACAGGUUAUCAAAUGAGAGAUCUUGAAGAAGUCGGCUAAGCUCAUUCUUGGAUGUCAAGCGGGUGAAAGGAAAAGGUCUAUUUUUAUCCUUUUGAUGAGAUGAAUGAUUCAUUUUCAAUUGAAAUUUCCCAGCAUGAACAGUUGUUUUGUUUCACAUUAAUAAAUUUCAGAUUUAAAUACGGUAUCCUUUAAAUGCAAAAAUUGGAGGCAAAACAGUAAUACUCUAUACUUUAGUGUGCAAAAUUAUGUAAAGCAGUGCUCUGAAGAAAACUCAGAUCUUCUGGCAUGCAUCUCUCUGUGAAAAUAUUGAAUAAUGGUAUUUUUCCAAUUAAUUUACCACUUUUCUUUCCCCUGUAUACCUUAUGGAAUUGGGAACCAAUCAUCUAGAGUUUGUGCCAAUCACGAAAAUGUAUGCUCUCAAUGAAAUUCUUAGACUUGGCAUCAACGAGUUGCCCCAAUAUUCACCACUGGCUUUUUCCAAGUUUGGAACUAUCAUAUUAAGACACCUUAGAAUAUUGUUUCAAUACAGACAGACCCUCUUCGUAUGACUGAGCUUUCCAACCCACAUGUACAUGCUUUCCUGAUAGUCGUAUCUGUCGGUUGUACAAGUUAACUUUGGAUGGCCGAGUGGCCAUAAGAAUGAACGCAUGUGUUCUAUUCACAGAAUGUUUAUAAGUUACUGGUUUGGUCAAGUUAAACUUCUUUUAUGAGUUUUUUACCCAAAGCCCCAACCCUAUGUAAAGAUUUCUUUUUUUGAGUUAAGCAGAUAGAUUGUAGUAUUUCUUACCCAUGACUACAAAAUGGAACGGAUGGCACUUGCCAGUACAGAAUUAUAAAUGUAAAUAUUUUGUACUAUUUAACAGACAUAAUUCAAAUGAAUGUUACCACUUUCAAAAAUGAGGUUAUGAUAUUUAAACCACAAUAAACACUUAACUGAUUUUUUGCAAGGUAA